GAGUUUGUUUGACGCGUUUGACAGCGCAAAAGUGCGGAGCUGUCGCUAGAAGUACACAAAAACGUAUCAUAAAUUAAUUGCAACGCUAAUUGUAGUCAUUUAUCACAAUGAUUCGUAAGAUUAGACAACGUCUGGUAAUCUAGGUAUUUCAGAGUAUUGGACAGAGCGCCUGCUAAAAGACCGUGACAAUAGUAUUGUGAUUCUUUAGUGAUUUUGCGGUGAAAAUAUUCCCUUUCCCUGACGUCCUGCAGCAUGGCCCGUUUAUGGGAUGCUGGACGGAUCAUUCGGAUUUCCCACAAAAUAUUCCUGACUCCCCUCACCAAGGACACUCCAAACAAGAGAUAUUUCCGGAAAUUCUCCACAGCUUUACUCACAUUCCCCCAAAUCUCCCCCAAUGUCCGGAGCCUGAGCACCGGGAAGGGCUUCAGGGUGAAGUCUGAAGAGAGUCCUGAUCAAAAAUCCACCCUGGAGAUCAACACCAAGGGCGGGAAGCUCGUGGUGACGACAUCUCUGGACGAAGAAGCUCUCAAGAGUGUGACCAUUGAGAAGGCCAAAGAGGAUGGGAAUGCAACACAGGGACCAGCAAAUGCCUCAGAGGAUCCCACAUGGCCUCUCAAGAAACGAAUCCGGGUCGAUUUCAAUCGGUCUUCGCUGGAGCGGAACUUCAUUACGCCCAGUCGAGCCAUGUCGGACUUUCUGCUAAAGCCCACGGAUCUGGAAUCAUUGGUAAAGACACGGCGGAGAUCUCCGCAUGCAGCAGAGCCGCCCAUAACAGUUUACUGGCGCAAGGACGUCGAAGCCAAAGCCAUCGAAGUCUGGGGAUCCCGGGAGAAUCUCCUCCGGGAAUGCCUGAAGCGAGAGAUUGAGAAGAAGACCCAUCAGCAGAAUGUCUUUACGGUCAAACGACGGCUCCGGGACUACCGCAGGGAGAUUGGCAGCCGGACGAGCGUGAUAGAAAGUGAAACGGGCCUGUUUGGCACCUCCGGGAAGGUUGUCUUGACAGCCGUUGGAAUAAAUGCCACAAACUUCCUCUUCAAACUCUUUGCCUGGGUUUACACGGGCUCCAACAGUAUGUUUGCCGAGUGUAUUCACUCUCUGGCAGACACGAUCAAUCAGUUGAUCCUGGCCUAUGGAAUCCACAAAUCCAACCAAAUUGCCGACUCUGACCAUCCUUACGGCUAUGCCAACAUGAAGUAUGUUUCCUCGCUGAUCUCUGGCGUUGGAAUUUUCUGUGUUGGGGCUGGAUUGUCCUUCUAUCACGGGAUCAUGGGCCUGGUGCAUCCGGAAGCGAUGCAUGAUUUCUCCAUGGCAUUCCUGAUUCUGGCUGGGUCUCUGGUGUCCGAGGGAGCGACUCUUAUGGUGGCUUUCAAUGCCAUCCGGAACUCGGCCAAGGCUUCCCAGAUGAGCUUCCGGGAAUAUGUGGUCAGAGGGCAUGAUCCCUGCGUGAAUGUCGUGCUGACGGAGGACACAGCCGCUGUUGCGGGAGUAAUUGUGGCAGGGAGUUGCAUGGGACUGUCGGCCCUGCUUCAGUCUCCGAUUCCUGAUGCCGUGGGAUCUCUGCUCGUGGGAGGGAUUCUCGGUGGAGUGGCUCUGUUUAUCAUUCAUACGAAUGUCAAUGCACUCGUGGGGAGAUCCAUCCGUCAGAAUAAUCUCAAUCAAAUCAACACGGAACUGGAGAGUGAUGUGAUGAUCAGGGCAAUUCACGAUGUCAAGGGGAUUGACAUGGGGAAUUCUCUGGUGAGGUAUAAAGCUGAAGUGGAUUUCGAUGGACGGGAACUCACGAGAUCCUACCUCGAUAAGCUCGAUCUCAAUUCAAUGCUCGAAGAAGUGAAGUCUUUCACGACAAUUGACGAAGUGGAGUCCUUCAUGCUGAAGCAUGGGGAGAAUAUUGUGGACCUCAUGGGCGGAGAAAUAGACAGGAUUGAACUGAAACUGAGGAAAAAAUUCCCAGAAAUACGACACUGUGACUUAGAGAUUCUCUAGAGUAGGAGGGGGAAGAAAUCAAAACCAUCGUAGUUCAGCUAAUUUAUUUUCUAAUUGUUAAUUUUUUCGUCUCAACUCUAAUCCACAAUGCAAUCUGCUGCCUGUUCAAUUUAAUGUGGUUCUAGUGCAAAAAAAAAGUGUCUCUUACAUUGGAGAUUUUUCUCUCGAUGGAGGAAAAACCAUCCAGUCCAACACUGAGAGCAGAAAAUAGCUGUUGUUCAUUGUUGAAGUUAAUAAAGUGCGAAGAAAAAAAAAGGUAAA